AUGUGGGUUUUUGGUUAUGGUUCUUUAAUUUGGAAAGCUGAUUUUCCAUUUAAAACCAAACUUGUAGGAUACAUUAAAGGUUAUAAACGAAGAUUUUACCAAUACAGUGUAGAUCACAGGGGAAGACCUAAUAAACCAGGAAGAGUUGUCACGUUAUUGCCAUCUCAUUCCGAGGAUACUGUUUGGGGAGUAGCAUAUGAAAUAUACAAGAAAGAUGAAAAUUUUGUUAUAGCGCAUUUAGAUUAUAGAGAAAAAACAGGGUAUAAGAAACAACUUGUUACAUUCUAUCCAACUAAAGAAGUAAAUAAUAAGCCAACUGGAGAUGCAGAGCAGGCUACAACCAGCGAUGUUAAAGAAGAAUUGUCGGAAAAUUUGAUGGUAGAACCUUUCAAGCUCAUGAUUUAUAUUGGAACUGAAGACAACAAAUGGUAUGGAGGACCAGCUUCAAUUGAAGACAUUGCAAAACAGAUACAUGAAUCAGAAGGUCCAAGUGGAACUAACAAAGAAUAUCUAUUUAAUUUAGCUGAUGCAAUGAGAAAAAUGGCACCACAUGUUAAUGAUGAGCACUUAUUUGCUUUAGAAAAAGCAGUUUUAAAUCUUGAGCUUUCAGGCGAGAAAAAGGAAAAAAGCUUUUUUGAAAAUAAUUAA